AUGGCGUCUCCGUUUGGAGCUUCAGGCUCGAAGAAUGCGCACCCAGCUGUUCAGGAUGUAGUGCAGCUGCAGCAACUCGAGCCUCGGGAAACUGCGCGAAGACUGGGCCGCCUUGCCAAGAAUGGAAUGGGAGCACCAGUGCUGGACUUCUUGGCCUCGCUUAAGACACGCGAGUGCGAGGUCAAUAUGUUCCACUAUGGCAUCUGCAUUAGUUCAUGCGCCAAGAAUGUUCUUUGGCAGUGCGCUCUUGAUCUUCUCAAUGGGAUGGAGAGCUCAAAGGUGGAAAGAAAUGCUGUGCACUACAAUGCGUGCAUGGACGUCUAUGCCAAGUCAGCCCAGUGGGAAAUGGCCCUUGCCCUGCUUGGCCAAGCUGGCUCCAAGGCCAAGCCGGAUGCAAUGCUCUUCAAUGCUUGCAUCACUGCUUGUGAUAAAGGCGGUCGAUGGCAAGUCGCGUUGCAGAUCUUGGAGAAGAUGCAAGAUAGUCAUGUGGAUCACGACCUCAUCACCUUCAACUCAUGCCUCAGUGCUUUAAGUAAGGCUUCGGAAUGGCAGCUCGCCAUCGCCCUCCUUGCCUCAAUGCCCGAGGAGACUUCGCCAGACACCAUUAGCUACAACGUCUGCAUCAAUGCUUGCGAGAAAAGUGGCUUCUGGCCGGCUGCACUUCUUCUUUUGGGGAACAUGAAGUCGUGUACAGUCCCAACAGCUACACGCACCUUCAAUGGCUGCAUCGCUGCCUGUGGGGGUUGCUUGGAGUGGCAGUUGGCUUUGUCACUGAUGGCAGAGAUGGUCGAGCGAAGGGUGGAAUACUCGGCUGUUACAUACAUGGCCGCCACUGCCGCGUGUGGACGUAAUUGGCAAUAUACACUGAGCCUUCUGUCUGACAUGGCGUCUCGGAGCAUGGCAGACCUUCCCACAUAUAACUCCUGCAUUGCCCGUCUCAGCACAAACUGGCAAGUCGCACCUCUCCUGUUGCAGAGCAUGGAAGAGCAGAAGCUCCAAGCAAAUGAAGUGACCUUUGCUAGCCUGGCCGCGGUCUAUGGCAAGGGUCUUCACUGGCAAGCAGCCUGCCGUGUCUUCGAAGAUAUGUCGGACCGCGAGGUGCUGGCGAACAACGUGGUGUUCGGCGCAGUAAUCAGUGCCUGUGAGCAGGGCAGUUCCUGGCAAUCUGCACUGAAGAUCUGGCAAAAGAUGUCUGCUCAAGGAAUGCAGCACAGCACCAUCUGCAUGAACUCUUGCCUUGGCGCGCUGGAGAAAUGCCAGCAAUGGACGUUGGCUUUGGCAGUCUUGGAGGCAUCCCAGACCGCUGAUGAAGCAAGCCACGCAAUAUGCAUCAGCGCUUGCUCGAAAGGGCGAAACUGGCUGGUUUCGCUGGCGCUGCUGCAGCAUGCUUUGCAGGAGCAACUCCCAAUCACCGAGGCCACCCUUGGCGCUUGCAUCAAAGCGGGCGAGGAGGACAAGGAAUGGGAACUUGCCUUGGAGAUCCAUCGCUCCGUACUUGAUGCGGGGGGGAUGUGCGCUGCAUCUUCCUAUUUUGUGACCAUAGGUUCCUGUGGCAGAAAAAGCUGGCAGAUGGCUCUAUCUCUUUUUCAGAGUGCGAGAACAUCCAAGCUGCUGGAUGCCUUUAUUUGCAGUGCAGCCAUCACGGCAUGUGAGCGACACAGGAUGUGGGAUCAGGCCCUGCACCUGUUCGCGCACAUGCGCACGUGGCACCUCGAGAUGAACGAGAUGUGCUGUACAGCGGCGAUGAGCGCGUGCGAGAAGUCUGGUCACUGGGAAUGGGCUUUGCACCUUUAUCAUUUGUUUGAGUCGUUUGCGGGACAACCUGGUGCUGUAGCUCGGUGCUUGCUCAUCGAUGCCUUCUCGGCAGCCAGCCUCUGGGAGCACGCCUUUUCAACAUUUUCAACAUUGGUCUCGAUGGGCUUUGAGGCCGACGCUGUUGGCUGCAGUGCUGUUCUGGGUGCGUGUGAGCGCCGUGGGCAGUGGCGCCAGGUGCUGGCUCUUUGGCCGCAGCUCCAGGACUUGCAGUGGCGCAGUCACGUCUCCGAUGGCUCGGAGGGUUUUCAACUGCAUUCUGUUGGCCCAGUUGAGGUCACAGCCUGCCUGGAGCGCGCGCUCGAAAAUCAAUGGCUUCAUGGCUAUCCUCUACUACCUCCAGGAGAAGACCAGCUCACACACGGACUGUACAGGUACGUUGCAGGAAUGCAGGCGAUGGCGGCUCGAGAGUUGCUUGGCCUCGUGGCGGAAGGUUGCUCUGUGCUGGAUCCCUUCUGUGGGUCCGGGACUGUCCUCAUCGAAUCAUGCCUUUCAGGAAGGUCGGCAAUUGGCUGUGACCUCUCUCCGUUGGCGGCCUUUGUUGCGGCUCAACAUGCAGAUGUAGAGGACAUGGAUUUGCAGGCAUUUGAGGCCGCAGUGGCGCAGGUGGUCCGCGGCACUGCCCGGAGCCCGAACCCAUGGCAGCAGUUGCGGGAAAGUAUUGAUGCAUUUGGCGACAAUGCCGUGCAAAGAGGACUGCAAUUCACUUUCUUGGUUGCUUCUCAAGCGUCCGGAGACGAAAAAUAUUUGCAGUCAGCGAGCAAGCUCCGACAGGCUCAGCCUGAAGAAAAUGGAAUGAAUGCAGCGAUGCGGUUCCGUGGGACGGCCCGCCUGAUCAUGGCACGCCUGCGGUCAUUGAGGGCGCAGAGUCGGGGUCGGGCGGAGGUGAUUCAGACAGACUGUCGCGACCUGAGUUUGACAAAGCCCGUCCAAGCAAUCAUCACGAGUCCUCCAUACCCUGGCGUCUACAACUACUUGACGACAGCAGAGUCUGCGGCGCACAUCUUGGGGUCCAGGCCAACAGAUGCUGAGAAGAGCCAGGAAAUUGGACGAAGAUCUCGUUGGCGAAGCCAAAGCUUUGAGGAGUUUGCGGCAUCAUGGCAGCGGGAGCAAGAGCAGUGGCUCCAAGCGUGCCACCGGCUCUUGCUGCCGGGAGGAACGGCCACUCUUAUGAUCGGAGAUGGGGACAGAGAUGCACCCGAAGAUGGUGGCUACAACAAUUUGAAGUCCACAGCUGAUGCCGCAAAGAGAGUCGGCUUUCGAGUGAUUGCCACGUCUACCAUCGCUUCGAGACGCACCAGUCCAUCAGAUCGACCAAAGGGCAGGCGACGGACGGAACAUAUCAUCCACUUGCACCGGCCACGGAGUAGGUGA